UUUUCUUUUUUUUUUUCUUUUUUUCUUUUUUUUUUUUUUUUGGGUCCUUGCUUGGAAAAGCACCUUCACCCUCCGGAGAUGGGGAUGUCCCGGCCGAAUCGCCCCCCUCGCUUCCCUCAAAGCUAAAAAAUCCCGGGCUCGGAUGCGGUGGCUGUGAUUUCAGGACAGCAGCGAUGAAGCACUGUUUCUACAAUGAGACCGUGGGGUUCUUCUACAACAACAGCCGCAAAGAGUUGACCACCUACUGGAGGACAAAGGAUGUGCUGGUGGUGGCCCUGGGCCUGACAGUGAGUGUCAUCGUGCUCCUGACCAACCUGCUGGUCAUCACCGCCAUCAUCAUCAACCGGCGUUUCCACUACCCCAUCUACUACCUGUUGGGCAACUUGGCGGCCGCCGACCUCUUUGCGGGCAUCGCCUACAUGUUCCUCAUGUUCCACACGGGGCCCAGGACAGCGGAGCUCUCCCUGAAGACCUGGUUCAUCCGUCAGAGCCUGCUGGACACCAGUUUGACAGCCUCUGUGGUGAACCUGCUGGCGAUCGCCGUAGAGAGGCACCAGACUGUGUUCACCAUGCAGUUACACAGCAAAAUGUCCAACCAGCGCGUGAUGAUCCUCAUCUUCUGCAUCUGGGUGACGGCCCUGCUCCUGGGGCUCAUCCCCUCCUACGGUUGGCACUGUCUCUGCGCCCUGGAGAAGUGUUCCAGCAUGGCACCCCUCUACAGCAGGAGCUACCUGACCUUCUGGGCCAUCUCCAAUCUGGUCAUCUUCCUCAUCAUGGUGGUUGUCUACACGCACAUCUUCAUCUACGUCAAGAGGAAGAUGACGCGGAUGUCCAAGCACACCAGCUUCCACCCCCGCUACAAGGAGACCAUGAUCAGCCUCGUCAAGACGGUCACCAUUAUCUUGAGUGCCUUUGUCAUCUGCUGGACCCCGGGCCAAGUGGUGCUCCUCCUGGAUGGUUUGGGCUGCAAGAGCUGCAACGUCCUGGCGGUGGAGAAAUACGUCCUUCUGCUGGCAGAGAUCAACUCCUUGAUAAACGCCAUCGUCUACUCUUACAGGGACAACGAGAUGCGCAGCACCUUCCGCAGGAUCCUCUGCUUUGUCUGUUACAGGAAUUCCAAAUACACCCCCACGGUGGUGAAGCUGAACACCACGGACCGCAGAACGCUCUCUCAAAACGGGCACUUCACGGUGGAUUCCUCUAUUUAAGCUCUCACUCAUCUACCACUUUCCGAGCGGAGGAGCAGAGCCUCCUUCCAAAGCAGCAAAGACUCCUUUAUUAUUUUUUUUUUUUAAUUUUUUUAACGUGCUCAAGCCUAACUAUUUCCCUAGAAUCCUUUGUCCGUGGGUAAAGGGACGAGAUGCUUUUAAAGGAACUGCUGGAUGGCGCGUGACUUUAA